AUGUUGCCAUUAUCAACUGCCUUCAUUGUCGCUUUUACACUUGGAUCAGGAGUGGUCUCGGGUCACCGCGGAUGUGGUGGAGCAGAGCUGAGAUCGCUGCAAUCGAGAGGGAUUGUCGGUCGUCAAGUAACGGACGAGGCAAGUGCCGCCCAGAGUACAGAUCCCUCAACAGAAUGUGUCGCCUACUCAUAUCAACCCGUCACCGAUAUCAAAUCCUCCUUCCCUACUAUAUGGCAGACCGCCACCCUGGUGUCUGGUGACACCGAGGCUUCAGACCUCUUCGCCAGCAUUAAUGCUACUGUGAACUCAAAACUCCCUACCAUAUCCCCAAAAGGGAUCAAUGCGGACAAGACUACAGUACCGGAGCCUGAAACAUGGGGAUUAGGAUUUGAUGAUGGACCCAAUUGUAGUCACAACGCCUUUUACGAUUUCCUUCGGGACGCUGGCCAGAAGGCGACUAUAUACAUGACUUCCUUUACAAACGAGGAAGCCUUUGCAGAGCUCUAUUACACAAGGAAGGCGAUCAAAGAAGUUCUCGGGGUCACCCCAACCUGUUGGCGUCCUCCAUACGGUGACGUUGACAAUCGGAUACGUCUCAUUGCUCAGGAACUCAACUUGACCAACUACGUCUGGUCGGAUGACUCGGAGGACUGGAGAGCCGGUGCAACUGGCUCAAAUGUCACAGAGGCCGAUGUCACCGCAUAUUACCAAUCUGUCGUCAGCAAGGUCUCUAACGGUACCUACAGUACCAGUGGACCGAUGGUUCUUACUCACGAAUUGACCAAUUUCACUAUGUCCGAGUUUAUGUCACAAUACGCCAGUAUUAAGGCCGCGUUCAAGUACAUUGUUCCCCUUGCCAGUGCUUUCAAUGUGACUCAGCCAUAUGUGGAAACGAACGUUACAUAUCCUGAUUUUAGCACAUACACGAACCAAUCAUCCUCCAGUAGUUCUUCCGCUUCUUCUUCAUCAUCGAGCGGAACGAGCGCUGCCGUCAGUGGAAGCGCCAGCGCUGCUGCUGGUACAGGCUCUGCGGCCAAAAGUUCAGCAUCUUGCAGGCGGACUGCUAGAGGAUCGGCGAUCGUCUUCGGCGUCUCUGUUGUAGGUUGGUUAUUAUCUCAGUGA